UUCAUUUACGUUGUAGAAUCGUAAGAGCGAGAUGACGAUAUACUAUCAUCAAAAGGAGUUUGUUCGCUCACACAUCAGAUCAUUAUUUGUGUUGUGGCUAUCUGUGAGACCGGUUGCCGGUUGUUUGUUUACGAAGUCAAUCUAUCGAUAUGUCUUGUUGCAAGGGGCCGGGUUACUCGACGCCUUUGGAAGCGUUCACGAAGGGACCCAGGGAAAAGCUUUUGUACGUGGUUUGCGUUCAACCAGAUCAAACCAAACAGGAUUACCUAGCUACUGUUGACGUGGACCCGAAAUCACCGACUUAUUCACAGGUUAUCUAUCGCACUUACACUGGCAACGUGAAAGAUGAGCUUCACCACAGCGGAUGGAAUGUUUGUUCUAGCUGCCAUGAUAAUCCCGAUUUGAAGAGGGAUUUGCUUAUCUUACCUGCACUUGGAUCAGCUAAUGUGUAUGCUAUUGAUGUCGGCACUGAUGCGAGGAAACCUAGAUUACAUAAGGUAAUCGACGGCACCGAGAUGAGGUCAUUCAACUGCAGUUUCCCUCACACGACACACUGCCUCGCGACUGGCGAGAUCAUGAUUUCCACGAUGGGUGAUAAGGAAGAAAACGGAAAGGGGGAUUUUGUGCUCAUCGAUUCCAAGACUUUGAAAGUGACAGGGACAUGGACGAAAGGGAAUAAGGCAAAGUUCGGAUACGAUUUUUGGUAUCAACCGUACCAUGACGUAAUGUUUUCCACGGAAUGGGGUACACCGAAAUAUUUUAAGACUGGGUUCCAUGAAAACGAUGCAUACAAUGUGGAUCGUUAUGGAAGAUCGAUUAACAUAUUUAAAUGGUCGACACAUGAGCUGCAACAAGUCAUAGAUCUAGGCAAGGAGGGCACCGCACCCCUCGAGACCAGAUUUCUUCACAAUCCUAAAGCGGCAGAAGGAUUUGUCGGGUGCGCUCUGGAGGCUAACGUUUACAGAUUCUACAAAACCACGGACGGAACAUGGAAAGCCGAUAAAGUUAUCGACAUACCGGCAAAAACAGUUUCUAAGGACGGUGUUGAAUCCCAGCUUAAUGGUUUGUUAUCGGACAUUCUAAUUUCUCUGGAUGAUAAAUAUCUAUAUUUGUCAAGUUGGUUCCACGGUGAUGUCAGACAAUAUGACAUAACUGAUACAAGCAAUCCUAAAUUGACUGGGAUAAUAAAUUUCGGCGGGCUCAUUCUACAUAACAAUCUUAAAGUGAUAGAAGAUAAAGAGUUCCAGGGUCGUGUUUCACCAGUAAAAAUAAACGGCAAAUACCUGGAAGGGUCUCCACAAAUGCUACAGCUCUCACUUGAUGGGAAACGGCUUUAUGUGUCGUCAUCACUCUUCUCGCCUUGGGAUAAACAGUUCUAUCCAAAAAUGGUUGAAAAGGGUGGAUGGAUAGCAAAAAUAGAUGUAGACACAGAAAAGGGAGGAUUGCAACUAGAUCCCAAUUUCUAUGUUGACUUCGGAAAGGAACCUAAUGGACCUGCAUUGCCGCAUGAAAUGAGGUAUCCUGGUGGAGACUGCACGUCUGAUAUCUGGCUGGCCCAAGACGCAUAAAUAUAAUAUAUAUGCAGUACAGUGUGCCAAUAUUUUUAUAUCCAUAUUAAUAAUCAAUAAUCAUAAUACGUACAGUCAAAUAAAUCUAAUAAAUAUGUUAUUUUGAGGUUACAGUGCUCUAUAACUUAGUGAUAUUAUUAAGUACGAUAUUAUUACUUUUGAAAAUUAUAUAAAGUUAAUAAAAUAUUGUACAAAGUUAAAUCGAUACACAUAUUAUUAAUAUAUAGAGUCCAAAAUAUAUUAAUAUGCAA